AUGUCUACAAUUGCAGUUUUCGGUCUUGGCGGUUUCCUCGGUGCUCCAGUCUUGGAGGCCCUCCAGUCUUCCACUUUCGCAGCCAAAGUCAACUUCCCGAUCUUGGCUAUCACCAGAGACGACUCCAAGUACAAGAGUACUGAAAAGGUCAAGUAUAUCAAAGCUGACACUGUCAAGGACGCAGACCACUUGAUCAAAGAAUUGAGCGGUGUGGACGCCAUCUUGGAGCUUUUGGGCCCAGAUCCUGAAGUGUUUGCAGCCACCGAGAAGAUAGCUGCUGCUGUCAAGCCAAAGGUGUAUGUUCCUUCCCAGUUUGGUGUUGACGUUGACCAGUCCCAGGAGAUCUUCCCUGGCUUUUUGGGCCUCAAGCUUGACCACUCGCAGAAACUUAGAUCUGCUGGUGUGAAGGUGGUGGAUAUUCCUACUGGUCUUUUCGGCACCAAGGACUCUUUUGUUGAGCACAUUGCUCCAUUGGUUGGUGCUGACGCCGAAAAGAAGCAGGUCACGUACUUGGGAUCCCCAAAGAACGAGUUCUCUUACUCCAUUCUUUCUGAUAUUGGUAAUGUUGUUGCUGCUGUGGCCACUACUGACCCAUCCAAGCUUUCAGACAAGCUCAGAGUCCACUCUGGCUCUAUUUCCCAGGAGGAGAUUGUGGCCAAGUACGCUUCUGCUAAGCUGAUCAAGUUGGACGCUAAGGAGGUUUCCCAGGAGGACGCUUUGGCUGAGGCUAAGAAGGUCUGGUCUGAGGGCUUCAACCCAGAGAAGUUCAUCUACUACUUGCAGGCUAUUAUCUCCCAGGGUAAGGAGAAGGGUCUUUGGUUUACCAAGGACGACAACGAGGUUGUCAACCCAGGCCAGUCUGCUUGGAAGUGGACCACCAUCUGA